AUGGCUGAAAAUAAGGGGGAAAAUGCUAAUUCACUUUCAGAUCAAGCGGACAGCAAUCAGAGUUUUGGAGAUGUAGAUGAACGCAUACCGAGAUUAGUGAGAAUAUCAUCAUUGCAUCCCAAUUAUGUGAGACAGAACUUGAGUCUGACAGUCAGUCCUGUGAAACUUUUGCUCGACGAAGACUUGAUGUUGAUGACGAAGGACUGGAGUCAAAUGGAGAUGGAAGAUGAGAGGAGAUUAGUGCUCUUUAAGUUCAAGAGGGAAACACCUACAGAUUAUUAUAUCACUUUUGAAACAGUCAGCAAACAAGAGUUUACACACGAACAGCCCAUAAUUUCUUGUAUAUUUUGGAAAGAGAAGAACUUGCAUAUUGCAACGUCCGUUGAUAUUAUAUUGAUAUUGGAAUAUUUGGUAGAACAAAGCUUUACGAUAGAGGAGAAAAAUAGAAUACGGAGGAAUUUGCAGUCCCUAAGACCAUACACUGUUUCUCGUUCCAAUAAGUCAUGCCAGCGGUUUUUUAACGUAUUGAUGGGUAUGGAAGAUCCAAGACCCCGGAACAUCGAGAAGGACCUUAAGGUAUUCAAAUGGAGUGAUUUGUUCAAUGCCUUUAAUAAAGUGAUAUCUAAGUAUUCGACGAACAUGUCAAAAGAUGUUACUCCUCUGGGGGACGGUAGUAUUGCUCAGAACAAAUCUCUUCCUGCUCUUGGCGAUUCAGAUAUACUUGGGGCGAACGGUGGUGGUAUAUCUAAGGGUCGUAGUGAUGAUGGGUUGAUUGCAAGUAGUAAGAAUAGUGAAAUGCCAUCAUUUUUACCGAAUGAAAGAUUAAAGAUAUUGAAAAGGAAAGUUACCCAAUCAAGAAACCUGAAUCAGUUGAGUAUAAAUGGAAGGCAUAAAUUAUUUCAACAUGCCAUUACUCCAGCGGAUCCUAUCCCAAUUAGACACGACAAUGAUAAAACCAAUGGGGAUUUCAAGCUCGAUAAGGAACAGAGUUUCGAUAGCGAUAAUAGUGAGAAAGUUGGUAAGAACUACACCUAUGAAGAUAUUAGACAAAAUGAGGAUUGUUACAAACAGAAAGCGAAUACUUCUCUCAAAGGACUGGAACCAAAAGUUAAAAUGCAAACUUCUAUAACAGGAGAUGAAUUACCGGAUAAUUUCAGCUCACAAUCAGUUUCUGGAUCAGAACUAAAUUCGAGACUAGGUAGUUAUAGCUCAAUGCCAGUUUCUAUAUCCCCGGCUUCUGAUUCAACAAAUUCCAAUGCCAUUUCUAAUAGUAAUAUCAAUGCAAAUAAAAAUACCAAUACCAAUACCACUACUGAUCCUAAUACUAAUACUAAUACUAAUACUAAUACUAAUACUAAUACUAAUACUAAUACUCAUACUCAUACUAAUACUAAUACUAAUACUAAUACUAACACUCAUACUCAUACUCAUACUAAUAUUAAUACCAAUGCAAAUACUACUAAUUCAAAUGAAUCCUCAAGUAGUCAUUCUUCGAAUGUAUUCACUAAUGACAGUUCGAGGAGUACACAAUUAUCUCUGGAUGUCCCAUAUACGAGCAGUAUUGGGUCUAAUGCAGGAAAGAAAGUGCUGUCGGAUCAAAUGCUUGACGAUAGUAGCAAACCUUUAAGCAACGGUCGAGUAGGACAAGAAAAUUAUUCGAAAGAAUGUCAUCGUACUCCUUACUUUCAAUAUCCGUCACAGUCGCAAUUAUAUAAUGAUGCUGAGUAUAAACCGUUGAGUACUAAUAAUGUUCGAAUCCACGAGGAGAAAACAACAGAUGGAAAAAUUGACAAGGUGAAACUUCCUCCCAUAGAACCUAGCAUAAAUACAUUAAGAGAGAGAGGAAUUGAUUUACCAUCUCUAAAAUCGCUGAGUGGCGGCCAAUUUCAAUUUAAUGGUCCAUUGCCUGGUCCCAGUGAGAUUCAAUCAAAUAUAGAGGAGUAUAGAAAGCAACCUAAUACUGUUACCCCUAAUGUUAUUACUCAGCAGGUUGCCAGUGGAACAGAAGGCUCUGUGGUGAAUUUGAAUCCAAUUACUGACUUAUUUCGCCCACCCGGCGCCAAUAAUAGCGCCAAUAAUAAUUUGAUUUAA